GGACUCUCUCUUUGAUCUAUUCUACUCCCUCGCAACCUCUGUUUCAUUCCCUCGUUCUCUUCCUUCUCUCUCUAUGAAAACAUCUCCCCGCACUCGUUCUUCUUUCUUUUAAAAUUUUCAGAUAUCAUAGCAGAAUUUCUUAAACUGAUAAAGAAACGGCUGAAGUGUUCAUGUGGUAGUGCUUCUGAUGGAGACGGCGCCCAUAAAAUCAAAGCCAUUGCAUAACUUCUCUUUGCCCCAACUCAAGUGGGCCCACAAGAACUCCACCUCACAAUACCACCGGGUACGCCGCCACGAUUCCCCUGACAACCGCCAACCAAUCCCUGAUACCUACUCUGAGAUUCGAGUCGUUAAGACUGGAACAGAGCAGCUCCAUAGUAUUCCGAAAAGCCCGCCUCAAAUGGGUGUGGUUUGUGCCGAGGAGGAGAAUUGGGGGUGCAAGGAAUGGUAUUUGCGGCCGAGGAAGGAGGUCAAAGCGGCUGCGGCCAAGAAAGAAACAUCGGUUGAAAAUAGCAGAAUCAAUAGCACUACUAGUGCUUUAAAAUCGAGUAGACUGAGGGGAUGGGCGGAAGGAGGGGAGCCGAGUGGGGGAUUGGGUAUGGGCUUUGGUGUGGAGAGGAAGGAGAAGAUGAAGAUUUGGAUUUCAUUGUCAAGGGAGGAGAUCGAUGAUGAUGUUUACGCUUUAACUGGUUCAAAACCCGCUCGAAGACCCAAGAAGAGGUCCAAAAACAUUCAGAAACAACUCGAUGGUGUGUUUCCUGGAUUGUAUUUGGUGGGGCUUACGGCUGACUCAUACAGGGUUCAUGAUGCUCUGAGGUACAUGUAAUAAGGUAGAUGAAGCCAAUUCUUGAUCCUUUGGUUAAGUCUGAUGUAGAGGUGGAUUCAAUGCUGAGAUGGAGGCUGGAAGAAUCUGGUGUGGUUCACCAACACCUCGGUUGAGGUAUAAUAGUACUGAAUUAUGUAAUCAAUGCUUUGGAUGCUUUCGAAAUAGGUAGAUAGCCUCUAGAAUAUUUCUUUUUAUUUUUAUUUUUAUUUUUAGGGGUUUAAAACAUUUAUUGUCUCCCAAGAUGUAAGCAGUGAAUGUUAGUACAAAUGGGUAUGCUUGGAUUACCUUUUCUCUUGAUGCAAUAGCCUAGUUUCUUUCUUUAAAGGGAUUGGAUUAUUUUCUGAAUCGCAUUUAAGAUGUAAACAGUGAAUGUUUGCAUGAAUGAAUAGAUUUGGAUUGUCUUUGAUAUGAUUCAAUAUCCUAGUUUUGUUUCUUUUCUUUUUUUGUUGUUUCAGGAAUUGGAUUAUCUCGAUCAUGUUUAAGAUGUAAAAGGUGAAUGUUUGCAAAAAUGAAUAAAAUUUGAUUAUCUUCGUUAUGGUUUAAUGUUCUAGUUUUGCUUUUUAGGAGUUUGAUUAUCUUAUUAAUUGUGUUUGAGAUGUAAAUAGUGAACAAUUGCAUUGGAUGAACUACUAGGUUUUGAUUAUGUUUGUUAUGAUGCAGUGUCCUAGUAUUGCUUUUAACGGAAUUUGUGGUUUUGAUUUUGGGGAAAAAAUGAUCUUAACGUGACUCACAGGCUUCCCAAAUGUGCUCGAUGGAAGGCCCCAUACAUGUAGAUAUUUGAGAAAUAUUAACGGAGCCUCUUCUUGCUUCCUGUCUUGGGAUGAAUUACACCAAGACCUGGUCAAGGUUGGAAUUUGUCCACUGUAUCUUUUUUGUGAGCAGUGGAAUUUUAUUCUUCUUAAGUUUUGCACUGUAUUUGACAACUUAGCGUCGAGCUACAUUUACAAAAUUCUGCACAUUUUUAUUGUGUAAUUUAAGGAUGAGUGUGCAUUGUUGCUAAUAUUGUGGAUAUGAAAUGUGCCUAGUUAGGAAGUUAAAACACGUUGAUGAACAGGAAAAUGAAUAAUCUGAAAUGUGAAGUUUUUAAA